GCUGCUGGGAACCUGCAGAGGGAGUGGAACUAAUGGGAGCACUUUGCCUUUAAGCCAGCAGUACACCUGGAACCUGCUCUACCUGAGCUGCUGACGUAGGGGGUUGGUGAAGACAGGAAGGAGGAAGAGGAGCCGGGAGUGUUUCCAUACAGAAAAGAGAAUAAAACCUCUAAAAAAAUAAGGACCCCCAGCUCACUGCGGUGCAACAGGAGUCCAGGGCUAGCCCACAAGGAUAGGAGUAUUUCAACAGAAGAAGCAUUAGAACCUUUAUAGUUCCAGCAGAAUAAUUAUUAACCCAUUGGCUGCGAGUGGGGGGAGAAAGGAAAAAUCCCAGCAGACAGUAUGUCAGCCUCCGCUGUGUUUAUCUUGGAUCUAAAGGGAAAGCCCCUUAUCUGCAGGAAUUACAAGGGUGAUAUCGACACGCUGGAGAUCGACCAUUUUAUGCCCUUGCUGGUGCAGAAGGAAGAGGAGAGCAACCUGACUCCAUUGCUGACCCAUGGAAAAGUGCAUUUCAUGUGGAUCAAACACAGCAAUCUCUAUUUGGUUGCACUAACCAAUAAGAAUGCCAAUGCCUCCCUUGUAUAUUCCUUCCUGUAUAAGCUGGUAGAGGUGUUCACAGAAUACUUUAAAGAGGUGGAGGAAGAGAGUAUCCGGGAUAACUUUGUCAUUGUGUAUGAGCUGCUGGAUGAGAUCAUGGACUUUGGGUUUCCACAGACGACAGACAGCAAGAUUCUACAGGAGUAUAUCACACAGCAAGGAAACAAACUGGAUACGGGCAAAUCUCGUGUCCCCACCACUGUGACCAAUGCUGUGUCCUGGAGGUCCGAAGGGAUCAAAUAUAAAAAGAAUGAAGUCUUCAUAGAUGUGAUUGAGUCUGUCAAUAUUCUAGUGAACAGCAACGGCAGUGUUCUACGGAGUGAGAUUGUGGGCAGUGUGAAGUUGAGGGUCUUUCUCUCAGGGAUGCCGGAGUUACGGCUGGGGCUUAAUGACAGAGUCCUCUUUGAAUUAACUGGACGUAACAAGAAUAAAACAGUGGAGCUUGAAGAUGUGAAGUUUCACCAGUGCGUCCGCUUGUCCCGGUUUGAGAACGACCGCACCAUUUCUUUUAUCCCUCCGGAUGGCGAUUUUGAGCUCAUGUCUUACAGGCUGAACACACAGGUUAAACCAUUAAUCUGGAUAGAAUCAGUGAUUGAGAAAUUCAGUCAUAGCCGGCUGGAGAUUAUGGUGAAGGCCAAGGGCCAAUUUAAGAAACAGUCGGUGGCAAAUAAUGUGGAAAUUUAUGUGCCAGUCCCAAGUGACGCGGAUUCUCCCAAGUUUAAAACCAGCGUGGGGAGUGCAAAAUACGUCCCUGAAAAAAAUGUGGUGGUCUGGACGAUCAAAUCAUUUCCGGGGGGUAAGGAGUAUCUUAUGCGUGCGCACUUCGGCCUGCCCAGUGUGGAGAGAGAAGAAUUAGAAGGAAAACCCCCAAUAAAUGUCAAGUUUGAAAUCCCCUACUUCACAGUUUCAGGAAUCCAGGUUCGAUACAUGAAGAUCAUCGAGAAAAGUGGAUACCAAGCCCUUCCGUGGGUCAGAUAUAUCACUCAGAGCGGAGAUUAUCAGCUGAGAACCAACUGAAUGAACCACCUGCUGACAAUGGAAUUUUGCCUAGUGGGACGACAUCUUGUUUUCUUACUCUUGUAUCCCAAAUCCUGAGAAUCGCUUUCAAGUGUGGUCUUUUUUUUGGUUUGUUUUUCAUUUUUCCUUGGAAGCUUUUUUUUUUUCUUUUUUUUUUUUGCCCCCACAUCCUUCGUCUUGUAUUGGGAGCUUGAUGAUUUGCACUUGCAUUGAAAGGCUUGGGCUGGAUUCCCAUAGGCGCAAGCUGAAGGGACCCUCACUAUAUUUCUCAUAGAAAUAGGUAGUUUCUUACCCAGCAAUAAGAUAAAGCAGCAUGUUAAGCAAUGAGUGUGUUUGUUCUGCGCCACCCAGAAACGAGAGAAAGGGGGGUUCAGUAUUCCUCUUUGACUCCACCCCCUAAUCAGCUACAAAUCUCAUCUCUCCCAUCCUAUGUCUGCAAUCAAUAGUUCAGAAAACGUCACGUGAUACUUUCCCCUUUAGAUGGAUUUGUAUUAAAACAGCAAUUUAAAUAAAUGAAAUAUUCUUAUUAAAAUAA